UCGCUUCGUACCCCCUUCGACGUACGUACUGCGGUGGAGGAAAACAACUCGCGAAUGCAAGGAGGAAAGCAAGCGAAAGAAAAAGAUAAAUAAAGUGAUCUGGAGGAGAAGCGGUUGAAGAAUCAGAAUCAUCGGAAGAAGCACUAGAAUAAGAAGUAGAAGAAGAAGCAUGAAAAAUGAUGCAAUUAUAUAAUUAAGAAGUUUGAAAUAUUUCUGUCUGUGUGUGAUGUGAGCAGAGAAGCAGCUCAGCAGCGUCUUCGAGCCGUGCAGAGUUCUUUUUUUAGGGGUAUAUUAUUAUUUUUCACGGUCUCUCGGGUUUCGCGUGUGUGUCUUGUCUACCUACAUCGAAGACGCGAAGGAGAAAAAUUCUCAGCGAUUAAGAUCGAUAUCGCACACCGGCAUUGGAGGCAGUGCAGCAGCGCAAAGGCUGAACGGGAGACAACACGUGGGGGUCAACAUCGUCCAACAGCGAUGGGGCCAAUCAAGUUCAACCUGUCAGCCGGGUUGAUGGUUUGUUUACUGACAACGGCAACAUUGGUCGUCAGCGUCGUCCCAGUAGGCCAUGCGACGGCGAUAGUGACCGCAGAUGAUGGUGACGCCGCAGCGACAGCGAAUAGAAAGCUGACAGCUGAUGGCGGUCACCGGGAAGAGCCACCGCCAAAGCCGACGGCGCUGGUGAAUGCAGGAAAACCGAUGACAACAGCCACACAGUCAUGCCGUGAGGCGUGCUCGCAAAAGCACGCUACAAAGGAAUCUCUCUGCUCCCAGCAUCGGGACUGCUCAACGUGCCAACGGAAAUGUAUCCUGGAAAAUCUGUCACCAUCCAGCCGAGACUCUUCCCACCGGCUAGCGCUGGUUCUGCUGCAGAUGACCCGCAACGAGUCCCUCGUCACAGCAGAUGUCGCCUGGGUCAAUGCAGCCGACAGCCGACCCAGGACCAAUCGAACCCAACAGCAACAAUGUCUGGUGACGUGGGAAGUUUCCGGCGGUGGACUGAUGGGCAACCUGCUGACCGAAUCCUCCACCGUGCAGCUAUCGCUCUGGCCCGAAACCAACUACCGGGUGCAGGUCACCUGUCGGAACAAGCAAACCGAAACGCUGGUCCGCUCGGCGCCGAUUGUCCUCAACACCUCCGGGGCCACCACGAUGCCCCACAGUCACGGCAAGCGACCAAAAUCUGCCUCAGAAGGGGACGACGAUGACGAUGGUGAGGCGCUCUCCGUCGGACUGGAAGAAAUGGUCCAGGACCCUCCGAUGAUUGUUUGCGAACCAGACGUCUCUCACGGAGGUUCAUCGUACCGGGAACCGGUCCUGUUGGGAGUGUACUUAACCAUGCUGGUGUUCCUGAUAGUACUGCUCACCGUGAUCAGCUUCAUCCAGCCAAAGUCAACGGGGUCGUCGUCGUCGUCGGUGGAUUUCGAGAAAAGUGACGACCCGGCGUCGAUAGCUUCCUCCGAUAAGGCCGUGCUGGUGAAGAAUGACGUGAUGGCGAGGCAGGCGGCCACGACGGAGAUUCUGCAUGUUUGAGGAGGAUGGUUUUGGGGGUGAACAAAGUCAGUAAGUUAUAUAGUUUAGUUUUUGUACUUAGAUUUAGUUGAUAAGGAGGAUAAGUGAUGCCAAGAGG